AUGUCGAGACCAAACCGAGACGGCCUGCUCUGGGAGCACGACGCCAUCUGGGGUCCAAGCCCUGAGUGGGCACGAGAACCCUCACUGGAAGCCAUCCAGAAAGUCUGCCGCCAGCAUUUGAACAUCGAUGAGAACUCAAGCUGCGAUGUCUCACCUUACGGAAAAUGGGGUGGCAAGAAGACAUAUCUCGUCCAAGGCAACGACAGAAAGGCCAUCAUGCGCGUCUUUCUUCCACUUGAUCCUGGCUACCAGACUCGCGUCCCUGAAGUCUUUGUAUUUGAUGACUCCAGUGACAACGAGAUCGGCUUCGAGUGGAUGCUCAUGGAGUUUAUGCCCGGCAUACGAUCCCACAAACGUUGGCGAAAGAUGCCGAUGGCGCAGAAGGAAGCUAUUGCUGAGAAAAUGGCCGAUUACCACGCACAAAUUCUUGACGCCGGCACCAGGCUGAAAGAGUUUCGAACCAUAGGGACUCUUUAUUUCGACGAGCCCAAAGACAAUGAGCAGCCGCCCUCAGAGCUUCAUUUCACACCAGGCAGGGUGGUUGAUUACGUGUUUUUCUGCGGCAAUAACUACAACUACGAUAUACCUCGAGGGCCAUUUGAGUCCAGCCAAGAAUGGCUCAAGUCGCUCUUAAAUAUUAUCAUUCUGGAGAAAACCGCAGAAGAAAAAAAUGCGGAGACCGAAUCAGACAAGGAUGAACCGGAAGCUAUCGCGGAGGUCGAACGAAAGCUUUUAACUGUGCUCCCGAUAGUGUUCUGCGAUUCAGAACCUUCUCAACAAACUGUUCCUUGGAGCCCCAUAACGGACUUGGAAGAUAUCUUGAUAGACGACGAUGGAAACAUUACUGGCUUGGUAAACUGGAACUGCGUUUCAACGAUGCCCUCUUGGUUUCUCACGCAAAUGCCGUCAUUCUUGGAUGGCAAGGUGAGAAACCAAGAACCAGUCCGCGAGAUUUACGGUAACGACAAUGGAGACGACUGGGAAGACGACGGCCUAGAUAGUGAAGGGAAGACUAUUCUGUAUUGGGAACACUUGAUGCAAUUCGAGCAGACCCAACUAAGGAAGCUCUACACCGCGCGUAUGGAGAAGUUACGCCCUGGAUGGAGUGCAGAAGAGGAAAUGUCCGGCUUGAAGCGCGACUUUUUGGAGGCGGCUUCCCGCUGCCGACAUCUGUUCCACAUUUCCGCAUUUCGAGAUUGGGCUGAUUCAAUAAGUCGAGGAGAGCUCCGGCGCCUUCAAGAAUUUAAGCAGGGCUCACGUUUCAUUGACGAAGAGGAAGAGGUAGUUUGA